UCAGCCACAAACAGAGACAGCCUGCUGCUGCUGCUGCUGCUGCUGCUGCUGCUGCCUUUCAGGAAUCCAACUCAAACCCUGCUGUCACACUCAGGGGACCCGGCCGGUCCUGCGGCAUGCCGUCUGUCACUGUCUUCUUCUGCUAAACAACUUAUUAAACAUUGGCCUAUUUUUGUUCCCAGGCGAGGGUGUUUUCUCCUCAGCUCAAAGGUUUGAGUCUUGGAUCGAGUUAAACGGAUUAAAGAAAGAGUGAAAGAUGAAUAACAGCUCAGCAAACUGCAGAGCCGGAACCAGCAUGUCGGGGAUAACAGGAAGCACCACCAACUACUUGUGGUCGGUACAUGACGUCCUCGGUCAAGGGGCCACCGCCAGCGUGUACAAGGCGCGUAACAAGAGAUCCGGCGAGCUGGUGGCUGUCAAAGUGUUCAAUGUGCUGAGCUACAGCCGCCCCCACGAUGUCCAGAUGAGGGAGUUCGAGAUGCUCAGGAAGCUGAACCACAGCAACAUUGUGAGACUGUUUGCUGUUGAGGAGCUGCAGACGAAGCAGAAGGUUCUGGUGAUGGAGUACUGCUCAGGAGGGAGUCUCCUCAACCUGCUGGAAGAUCCAGAGAACGCCUUCGGCCUGCCUGAAGCGGAGUUCCUCACCGUGCUGCAGUGCAUCGUGCAGGGUAUGAACCAUCUGAGGGAGUACGGGGUGGUACAUCGGGACAUCAAGCCGGGGAACAUCAUGAGGCAAGUGGGAGAAGACGGCAAGUCUGUCUACAAGCUGACGGACUUUGGAGCAGCUCGAGAGCUGGAGGACGACGAGAAGUUUGUGUCUAUUUAUGGAACUGAAGAAUAUCUGCACCCAGACAUGUAUGAACGCGCCGUGCUUCGUAAGCCUCAUCAGAAAUCCUACGGCGUGAGCGUGGACUUGUGGAGUAUCGGCGUGACCUUGUACCACUCCGCCACAGGGAGUCUGCCUUUCACGCCGUACGAAGGACCCCGUAAAAACAAACUCACCAUGUACAAGAUAACCACAGAGAAACCCAUGGGGGCGAUAGCCGGUACUCAGCAGGUGGAAGGUGGUCCCAUACAGUGGAGCUACCACCUGCCGUACAGCUGCCAGCUCUCUCAGGGUCUGAAAGUCCUUCUAGUUCCGGUGCUCGCAGGCAUAAUGGAGGCUGACCAGGGGAGGUGUUGGGGUUUCGACCAGUUCUUCACAGCCACUACUGACAUACUGCAGCGGCAGCCGGUUCAUCUGUUCUCCCUGCAGCAGGCCGUGGCUCACAGCAUUUACAUACAUCACUACAACACAGUGUCGGUGUUCUUUGAAGAGGUGGCGGCCCAGACUGGUAUUGGCAUCCAGCAGCAGCAGCUCAUGUACCUGGGUCAUGACCUGGUUCUGGAGGGCGCCAUGAAGGUGGUGAACCUUCCCUGUACUUCAGCGUCUCAGCCUCUUAUUCUGCUCAGCAGCGCGCCGGAAACCAACACCAGCCUGCCCUUCAGAGAACCGGAGACGCCCCCAAUCCCAUCCAGGUUUGACGUGGUGACGGAUUAUAAUUUCUCCAAGGUAACAGUGGGAAUAGUCCACCAGUACAAGAGGAUCGUACAGCAGCUUCACACGUACAGAGAGCUGCUGCUGCAGGGCUACUACAGCUACAUAUCACUUCUGGCGGCGGGAUUUCCUCUGAGGACUGAAGACUCAUUUCUGUUGAUUCAUCAGCACCUGCCUAUUUAUUCUGCUGGGAUCCGGGAGUUUCAGACCCAGCUGGAGCACCUGCAGAUACAGCAGGCCAAGCUGGCCGAGACCCUCACACAUGAUAAGGGCUGUCAGAAGAUGCAGAUGCUGCUGGAGAAGAUAACGGCAAUUCAUCAGCAGUAUCGCAAAGACAGGCUCACAGGAAAACUUGCUUAUAAUGACGAACAAAUACACAAGUUUGAGAAAAUCCACCUGUCCUCCCACAUUAAGCGGGUGAAAUCUCUAUUCAGGGAGGAAUGUUUGCUGAGAUAUAAAGACCUGUUGGCUUCAACAAGGACGUGGAGCAGUGUGUUACUGGAGAUGCAGAACCGACUGCGGGAUUUUAAUUCUUUCUCGGCCGGCUUACUAGCAGACUUGGAAACGAGCGAGCAGCAGCAGAAUAAGGCAGUGGACAGGAUCCUCAACUCUCCACAGUUUGGUCGAGCUGAGCAGCAACCUGAAAUCACACCCAGGGACAAGGACCAGAUGGUCUCCAGGUGUUUUUAAGUUUCUGCUUGUUUCAUGACAUCAGCCGGACCGCUUGGUGCUGUUUGGAUCAAGCCCUGUUGAGUUAGGACUCGGUCUAGUUCCUGGAAAUGACCUCAAACCCAGAUGUUACCAUCUGCUCCCCUUGUGCCUUUGGUUAGGCAGUUUCAUCUGUAGAAAACGUUCAUGGCCGUUGUUUGAACCUUUAUUUUGCUGGUUUAUCAAUUCAAAUGAAAUAGAAUUAGAUAAAAGCAGCUCAUCUAGAGCUAAAUGAUGUUUAAGGCUGGAAAUUUAGCAAAAUAGAGGAAAACAAGCAACACUAAAUCCAAAGAGCAGAGCGUAAAACGUGAA